GACUUGAUUGUUGGUGUCAGUUGCAGGACAGGUGGGAGGUCCGGUUUGUCGAGCUGCCGUUGUUCUCCAUACAAAGAUAGCAGAGCCGGGAAGCACUUUAAAUUUGCAUUAGAAAUAAAACCAUACACACCUUAUGGUGGACUUGUGGGAUUUUCCGAUAAAUAAAGUAGCAUUUAUUACAGGUUUUUCGUGAAAAAUGUUUAUCCAAUUAGAGAAAAGAAACAAAAGCAACUGCGCAGUCAUAGUUUAAUGGGAGCGGUGACCUGAGCAGAUAUGGCGGCUGAUGACAAAGUUGCCAUACUGACCGAUGAUGAGGAGGAUCAGAAGAGAAAGUAUGUGUUGGCUGAGCCGUUCAACAGCCUAUCUGUGGAGGGUCACAUGGGUGCGUCGGCUCCAACUCCGGCCACCUUAGAUGCCGUGCCCGAGCAGCUGCCUGCCUCUCAGCCAGACUCUAUCGAUGGCUGCGAGAGGCUCUGCCUCCGCAUCAACAGCCACCUUCUCAUCUCCAAAAUCUUCUACUUCUUCUUCUAUGCCGCCUAUGGCUCGCUGCACCCUCUGCUGGCUGUGUAUUACAAGCAGCUGGGCAUCUCAGCCAGCCGAAGCGGGCUGCUCGUUGGCAUUCGCUAUUUCAUUGAGUUCUGCAGCGCCCCCUUUUGGGGCGUGGUGGCCGACCGCUUCAAGAAGGGGAAAGUCGUGCUGCUGUUUUCUGUUUUCUGUUGGUUGGUGUUCAACUGUGGCAUUGGCUUUGUCAAACCAGCCGAGAUGAAAUGUGAAGAAAUAGGCUCCACAGCAGCACCACCAAUAACGAGUAUCCCUCAAGGCAACAUCACACAUGAGAAUAACUCCACCAACCACACCAGGAGCCACUGGAGCCUUCCUGACGUCCCUGCACUUUCUGAACUGGACUACCUUACCAUACUAAACCGACACAAACGAGCUAACGCCAACGUGACCUCGAACCCUUUCAAGGCAGCCAACACCAGUGAGAUGCCUCCAAACAUCACUCUGUUUACCACCACCACCCCUCUUGCUCCAUCCACAGUAAAGGUAUACCAGAUCACCUACAACAAGGACCAGGUGCAGACCAUCUUUUUGCUCAUCUUGCUAGUCAUUAUUGUUGGGGAGUUUUUCAGCGCCCCUGCUGUCACCAUUGUGGACACUGUCACCCUGCAAUACCUUGGUAAAGCCCGUGACCGCUAUGGCCUUCAGAGGAUGUGGGGAUCGCUGGGAUGGGGUCUGGCCAUGCUCCUCGUUGGAAUCUGGAUUGACCACACUCACAUCACCGUUAUAAUCGAUGGCAUUGGCUGCAUCCUGCCUGACUAUCGUCAACACAACUACCAGAUAGCCUUUAUUGUCUUUGGUGUGUUAAUGGGUGUAGCGUUUGUCGUGGCUACUCAGUUCUACUUUGAAAAAGGUGGCAACUACAGACAAGAGGUUUCAGAAAGUGUGGUGGAGCAGGCAGACACUCCCAGGUCGCUACCAGAGACCAGCUCUUCAGACCAGACUCCCGUCAGCCCGGAUGCUCCUGAGGAGUUCCACUACAGUGAUCUCCUGAAGCUCUUAUGCAGUGUGCGCUACAGCUCCGUCCUCUUUGUUGCCUGGUUCAUGGGCUUUGGCUACGGCUUCGUCUUCACCUUCUUGUACUGGCACUUGGAGGACUUGAAGGGAACAACCACACUGUUUGGUGUCUGCUCCAUCCUGAGUCACGUCUCCGAGCUCGCUGCCUACUUCACCAGUCACAAGUUCAUCGAGCUGGUCGGACACAUUCGGGUGCUGUACAUUGGUCUGGCUUGCAACACAGUUCGCUACCUCUACAUUUCCUACUUGCAAAAUGCUUGGACCGUCCUGCCCAUGGAAGUCCUUCAAGGUGUGACUCAUGCAUCAGUUUGGGCAGCGUGUAUCUCCUUCCUGAGCGCUGGGGUUCCACCUGCGCUUAGGACGUCAGCACAGGGCAUCUUGCAGGGCCUGCACCUCGGGCUGGGCCGGGGCUGUGGAGCCAUGGUGGGAGGAGUGUUAGUCAACUACUUUGGUGCUGCAGCAACAUUCAGAGGAAUUGGAAUGGCCUCCCUUGUCAUCCUCCUCAUCUUCUCUCUAAUCCAGUGUUUGACUGGAGAAGCUGAAGAACAAGAGGACAAAAUACUGGCUGAAAACAUCCCCGUCCCCUCCAGUCCAGUUCCCAUCGCCACCAUUGACCUGGUGCAAAGCCAUAACUCUGCAAGCAACCUGGCCCAGGCCGCCCCGUUGCCUGUCAAAAAGACGAAGCAUCAGGAGGACCAGGAGGACCUGAACCAGCCAGCAUGGGUGCUCUCUGGCUCCCCCUGGGUCACCAUCUCCUUUGCCAUUGUUCAGAUCAGAGAGAUGAUCAACAUGUUGAAGAGCAACAAACCACCUCCAGAGAACGAACCUCUGCAGGAACCUAGUGAGCAGGCACCGGUUGAGCACGUGACGGUGGAGACGUCACACGGAGACUCGGGUGAUGGCAGCGCAGAUCCGCCCCCAGCCACCACAGAAGCACCUACACAGCCAAACACCACAGCAGCCACAGACUCCAACAACGACCAAACACACACGUCCUCAGACAGAGGAGAAAACCCAGCACUGACAGCAGUAAACACAGACUGAGUUUGGAUUCACACACUGGACUUUAUUAUUGCACAAAUAUUUAUCUUAACGAAUCUGAUGGUCUUGAAUUCAGUUCUGCAGCAUAAGCUCUGUCAUACAGUAGUGGUGACACCUUUCCUCUACAGUUGCACUCGCAUAAAUUGAAUGUUUCCAAAAUGAUGGGCUUGUAUUGUAUGUAUGAUGUCAGCAAAGCAGUACAAGCAGAAAAGAUCAAUUAACUUUGGAAACAAGUUAAACUACUGCAAUUUUGUCAUUUAAUUACUGAUUUAUUAUUUAUUAAAUGAGUUCCCCUCUCGCUCAAAUGACAAAUAUACUCCGCCAUCCCCGUGACCACCAUCACCAGGACAAAUGAGUAUAUGAGUGUUUUAUUAAAUAAAGCCAAUGCCACCACACAAUAACCGCACAGAAUUAACAGAUUGAAAAGCUUUUCGUCCUCUAGAUGCGUAUUGAAGUGUCCCUGCGAAAAGACAUUUACCUCUAGAUUCCUAAACAAAACACCGAAGGUCAGAGGCCAGUUUUGCCUAUUGUCUUUGUUAGGAUUGGAAAACAAUGUGCAGGAAAUUUUAAUUUCUGUGAGAUGAGCUACAGGUAUAGCAUGAUUUCAUGAUUGUGUGUUGGAGAAUCGUAUACAGUAGAACCUUAAAGGAUCUGCCUGGUUGGCUACUGGUCUGUGGCUGAGGUCAAACCCGUUAACAGUGUUUCUCACUAAUUUCAAUGAGUCUUUCAACUGAAAUAUACUGUGGUAAGAUUAGUAGGUUUGUUUUUAUAAUGUGCACAUCCAAGGCCUUUAAACCUGCGCUAAGUCUGUUAAUUGUCAGUGUUGUCUAACUUAUUUAUCAAGCAUUGACAUACAGUAUGAUGCUGGGUUUUUUAAGCCGGACUCUACUGGUUUUGUACGAAACUGACAGUUUUUAAGACUUUUUUCUGCUAAAGAGAUUCUGUUUAUUCUAAUGGUUUAUGAAAAGAUGUGCUGAAUUUAAAAUAGAAGGUGUUAGUCUAUUUCUGUGGGAGGUAAUAAAGUUCAACUUUGUGUAAUUAUAAUGGAAUGCUAAAUGUACUUGGUGUAACAACAUAGUUUCUUUGAAAUUAAAGCCCAGAAUGAUCCGAUUCUGUAUCUGUUUGUAUUGGAAGCCGUUUAGCUGAUUAAACAUAUGUGGAUGCUGCAGGUAUGGAGAACUCAGUUUAAUUAAAUCGUUUUAAAAAUUGAAUUUAAUAAAAUGACAUCAGAGUAAAAUA